AUGACCGUAUUUGCAAAAGUUUUCCGUUCUCUCUGCCUCGCAGUCACCGGGAUAACAAUCUAUUUAUACUAUUAUACGGCCUUAUGUAACUGGAAAUGGAAAGCUCCUUCGACGAGAAUACUCUUCCUGGCCGACCCACAACUAGAGGGUGAUGCAAAACUCGCAAGGCAGGGCAAAAUAGGCGAACUUGACUUGGCUUUCAAUGACUAUUAUUUUCGUCAUGUCUAUACUUCGUUCGUAUCGCCAUUUUCGCUUUUCGGUCCUCCCCCGACGCAUGUUGUGCUGUUGGGCGAUCUGUUUUCUAGUCAAUGGAUCGAUGACGUGGAAUUUGAGAAGAGGGUUGAGAGAUUCAAGUGGAUUUUCGGUGAUAAUAACUACAAUCAUCAUUUAGUGAAUUUAUCGGGCAAUCAUGAUAUUGGAUACGGAAGAGAUAUGACUCCCUCGCCGCCGGAACACAUAUUUGCUGUUAUCAAUUCACAGAACGUUGAUGGACCAGCUUGGGACGAGGCGCUGCGAUCAGAAACAUGGGCUUUUCUGAAUGAGCUUGCAGCUGAGAGAGAGAGAGAUAAUUACAAGACGCCUUUGGUUUUGUUGACUCAUAUACCAUUGCACAAAGAAGCUGGCCUGUGUGUCGAUGAGCCACUCGUGCUUUAUGAUGAAUUUAAUCAUAUAAUAGAACAAAACCAUUUCACUUCUAAUGCGACCGAUUUCAUCCUCACCAAGUUGCGUCCGCGGUUUAUUUUUGCUGGACAUGACCAUCGAGGAUGUGAUGUGACAUACGACGUUACGUGGAGUAAAGAGGAAGACAAGGGUGAACCCACUGUGAAGGCCUAUCGGACAAGAGAUUAUAGAAAGAGUGAACGAGAUGACGAUCAAGGUGACAGUCUAAGUGCGCGCGAAGUGACUUUGCGAUCUGUUAUGGCCGAAUUCGGUGGGAACGCUGGGCUGUUUGAGAUUAGAUAUCGCAACGGAGCCUUCCAAUAUGCUUAUCAGAAUUGCCCAUUUGUAACCAAUCAUAUCCCAUGGAUAAUAAUGAUACUUGACGCUAUUUUGAUACUUGUCUGGAUUUUUACAAGGGUCUUUCUGUCAGCUUGGAACAAAAUGCUUGUAGAAGGUGUGCCAGCACAACAGCCACUUGUAAAAGAUUAA